CCCGCUGCCCGCGGAGGGACGGCCCCGGGCACGCACGGCACAAGGGUGACAUCCAGCGGCCCCGGCCCCGGGCACGACGCCCUCGGGCACCGCGGGGCUCCUCGGACCUUGCCGCUGCCCGGCUGCUCCCUGUCCCUGCCCGCCGUGCCCUAUGCCCGCGGUGACACACGGCCGCGGCCCCGCUGUCCCCGGUGUGUGCCCGGAGCGCGAUGCCCACGGCCGGGGACACGCACGGGUCCCAGCCGCGACCCCGGGCACCGCGUGGCUGCAGUGCCCUGCAGUGCCCUGGGCUCUGCCUGUGCCAGCGCUUCCUCCCGGCGCCUGCAGCGGGAAGGAACGAUGCCAUCCUGCCUGUGCACAGCCGCGUGUGUCCCCAGCUCCAUCACAGCGUCCCCCUGAGCCCGUGUCCUGCCCUGAGCCCGUGUCCUGCCCUGAGCCCUGUCCUGCCGCUGCCCGGCCCAGGCGGUGGCAGAGCUGGGAGGUCCCUGCAGCAUCCCCAGUCCCGUGUCCCGUCACACUGCCACCCAUCCCACAGCCACACAUCCCCGGUCCUGCCCUGCCAGCACUGACAGAGCAUCCACAGAGCACUGAGGUGUCCCCCAGCCCGGGUCCCUGUCCCCAGGAGGGGCUCGGUGUGUCCCCAGCCCCGCGUGUCCCUGUCACCCCCCUGGGGGCCGGCGGGGGUGAUGUCAGGGCUCCGGGUGAUGUCAGGCCCGCGCACACGUCAGGCACUUCCACGUUGUGACCGUGCUAAAGUCCAAGCCCUUGCUGUGUCACAGCCUGCGUGGAAGCCGCAGGUGCGCUCGGGCCGCAUAAAUAGUGCUGGGAGCUGCGGGCUCUGCACCGAGAGCGGCACUGGCAGCACAGGGGUCCCCAGCGCUCAGGAUGGCGCCCAAGGCGGCCGCCCUUGUCCUGGUUCUCCUGGCGAUCUCAGGCUCCCGGGCCGAUGUGAACCCUGACGAGGUGGCCAGCGUGAUCUGGAAGUACUUCACGGAGCUGGGCAGCAAUGCCAAGGACACGGUGGACCAGCUGCAGCAGAGCGAGAUCAGCAAGCAGCUCAACACCCUGCUGACCAGCAACCUGCAGAGCGCCAGCGCCUACGCCGAGGACCUGCAGCAGCGCCUGGUGCCCUUCGCCGUGGAGCUGCGGGCGCGGAUGGCGCAGGACUCGCAGCGGCUGAAGGAGCAGAUCCAGCGGGAGCUGCAGGAGCUGCAGGCCAAGCUGGCGCCCUACGCCGACGAGGUGCACCAGCAGAUCGGCACCAACAUCCGGCAGCUGCGGGCCAAGAUGAGCCCGUACGCCGAGGAGCUGCGCUCGCAGGUGGACCGCGGCGCCGGCGAGCUGAAGCGGGCGCUGGAGCCCUACGCGGCCGAGCUGCGGGAGCGCCUGCAGGACAACGCCGAGAGCCUGCAGGCCUCGCUGAGCCCCUACGCCGACCGCCUGCAGCAGCAGAUCGACGGCGGCGUGGAGGGCGUCAAGCGGCGGCUGGCGCCCGUGGCGGACGAGCUGCAGGCGCAGGUGGAGCAGAGCGUGGCCGAGCUGCGGCGGGGCCUCAGCCCCUACGCGCAGGAGGUGCGGGACGGGCUGGAGCGGCAGCUGCAGAGCCUGGGCGCGCAGAUGGAGCGGGCCGCCGAGGAGCUGCGCGCCCGCCUGGCCGCCAGCUCGGAGGAGCUGCGCGCCCAGCUGAGCCCGCUGGCCCGGGAGCUGCGGGAGGCGGCGAGCGGCGACGCCGAGAGCCUCCGGCAGCGGCUGCAGCCCCUGGCCCAGCAGCUGGAGCAGCGGGUGGGAAGCGCGCUGGAGACCUUCCGGCAGCAGGCGGCUCCCUUCGGGGAGACCUUCGGGAAGCAGCUGGUGCAGCGGCUGGAGGAGAUGCGCGGCAAGCUGGACUCGGGCGCGGCCGGCGUGGAGGAUCACCUGGAGCUGCUGGAGAAGGAGGUGCGGGAGAAGGUGGCCGCUUUCCUCAGCACCGCCGCUCCCCCGCAGAACUGAACCGCCCCGCCCGGGCGCGUUCCGAGCGCUGCCGGCCGCGGCAAUAAAUGUCCCUGCGAUGCA